AUGCGGCAGAAGCCAGGUGAAUCACUUGACGAAUUCUUGAGAGAACUAAGGAAGUUAAGUAAAGACUGUAAUUUAAAAGCUGUCAGUGCUGAUCAAUAUCGUGAGGAAUUAAUUCAGGAUGCCUUCAUCAAUGGUCUUUCUUCAGCUCACAUACGCCAACACCUCCUAGCGAACAUGCUUGACUUACAAGGUGCCUACAAUCAAGCUUAUUCUUUGGACCUUGCACAAAGGAAUGCUGAAGCCUACACUUCUCUGAAUGCACACACUGCUGUUACUGUUACCCCUCAGAAUCCACCGACAUCACAAGUUCUUCACUCAACUGCACUGGUAAACCUCAACUCUUCGGAAGAGGAUGCCAUGCACAGCUCACCUGAUGCUUCUGAAAAGUCAGCAGUUGCCACUACCUACAAUGUACAAAAGAAAUGCUACUUUUGCGGAGGACCAUAUCAUGCUAGAAGUACAUGCCCAGCAUGUGAAGCUACCUGUCAUAAAUGUUCUAGGAAGGGACAUUUUGCUUGA